AUGGAUAAGCUUAAGGAAGUAAGUAUUUUGAUCACCGGCGAUAAUUAUUGUAUGACGUGUUCUGUUCGAUGGACAAAAUGUGAUGUAUAAUAAAUGAUGUGUCACAUUUUGGCCAUCUUCAAUAUAGCAUUAAAGUGAAGUAUAGAGUGAUGGCUUCUUAGAAUACUUUUCGGAUAGUAGGGGAGGAGUAUAUGCUUUUAGAAGAUGGGAACACAACACGUACAAUGUAAAAUAAAUCCGAGAGAGACCAAGGGAAGAUACUAACCAAAUAGAAAAUCAAUAACUUGAAAUUGGACGCUGAAAAAUGGCAAGAAAAGUCCGAUGAGUAUUCUGAUCGUGUUAAGGAAUUGGAACAAGAAAACUUAGACAAGGACAACCAAAUCCAAUCUCUCACCAGAAAGAACCAAGUCUUGGAAGAACAGGUUGAGAAAUUGGAAACCGACUUGACUGAAAUCAAGCAAACCGCAGACGAAUCACACUCUUUGAAAACUUCGAACGAGAACUAUACUAAGAAGCAUCAAGUUUUGGAAGAAGAAUUAGAAGAAGCUGACAAAAAUUUGAAGGAAACUACUGAAAAAUUAAGAGAAACUGAUAUCAAGGCAGAGCAAUUAGAAAGAAAGGUUGCCUCUUUAGAAAGUGAAAAGGAAGAAUGGGAAAACAAAUUCGAACAAUUGACUGAACAACAUAAUGCUGCUAAGGCUGAAUUAGAAGAAAUCAGUCAACAAUUAGAAGCUAUCUAA